AUGGACUAUUUUCACACAUGUCUCGAGAACGUGCGGAGGCUGUCCGUGGGCAAAACGAAGCAUCUGAUGCUGAAAGCUCUGGCUGACACACUGGGCGGUUACUUGCGGGUCUACAUCCUGCCUCUCACGAGACAUUCCUAUUACGCGGGGAAUAUCAAAUAUCGCAACGCGAAGAUGCUGUUCGAGCUCUUCGACGAGCUGAAGACCUUCUUGCGAACGAACGGUGCCGGCUGGUCGAAACCCAGCCAAGACGUUCGGAACGUCCAAAUUCCGCCCAUCACUAUCACGCCGCCGAAAACUUCGCUCGCCUGUAACGGACUCAUCACAUAUUCGGCGCCUUUUGAACGCCAUAGCGGGGAUUACCGAAGCUUCACGUUCAAGAAAAAGAAACGUUCUACAGUGAAACGGGGAAACGCGAAACGCGCGAUUAAUGGAUACAAUAAGGAAACCGCGGCGGAUGAGAUCAUAAUACCACUCCCGUUCCUCGAUAACGAAGUGGAGCCCAACAGCAUCGCCCUGCCCUUCAAAACAGACAGCUUGCAGUCAUUGUACACGGAGAAGUCGGCUUUCGCGCUCGUCAAAUAUUACAUUGUCAGCGCGAAGUGCAUCGCCUUGCGAUCGAACACGAGAACGCAGUCGCAGACGUUCAACAAGGACUUUCACAGCUGGUUGCGACAAUCCGUACUUCGACACCUGGACGACGAGAAGUGGUAUCCGGCAUUCGGGGGUGUUCUGAGAGUAAUGGCUACCUUGCGGGAAUCGAGUGAAGAUAUGACGAAGAGCAAGACAAGCGGGGCUUAUCAAAUGAUGCCGAAAGUAACCACAGGACGUAAGAGUCACACGGAUGAGAACCUGUCGUCACUUUACAAAGGAAAAGGAGAAAACGAUGACAGCACGAAGACGCUCGGAACCACGGAGAUCGUGAUCAUAGCAGUGGUGUCCGCAUUGGCAUUAUGGUUGCUGGUGGGUUUGUGCUUGGUGUGCUAUAGAUUCCUCAGCAAGGACCCAGAAAAAUGUUCACCCUGUGAAUCGAAAACCGCUCCGUUUGCGCUUCUGUACAAAAAUACGGACUAUUGUGAACCGGAUACGUGCCCUUCGAGAUCGUCGCGAACGGGUGUAGUUGAAAAAUUGAAGGAAUGGUGGAGAAGCAGGUUUGGUCGAUGUCCAGGAGGAUGUCAGAAGCACGAGGAUGAGGAACGUUGCUUAGCCGCGAUCAAUUACUGCAGCAGGGACACCGUCGGCAACAGCAGCAGGAUUUACCCGUGGACGUAUAUUUGGUUUCCCGUCUCUAUUUUGUCCGCUUCGUGA